AAAUAUUCCUCCCUCCACCAUUAGAAAGAACAUCAAGUUCAUUAAAGUAAAGGAAGCGAUGGUCGGUUUUGAGAGAGACUGAAAUGCUGAUAGAGCAAUUUGUGACAGGACCGCGGGAAUUAGAUUUGAUCUCAAUAUUUGGAAUGCCGGGACUAGGGAAAACAACUUUGGCUAAGAAAUUGUAUGAUCAUGAAGCCAUUUCCAAUCGCUUCGACAUUCGCUUGUGGGGUUGUACUUCCCAAGCUUAUGAUAAAAGAGCUCUCUUGUAUAAGUUAUUGGGUCAUACUAGUGAGGAAAAAAGUAAUGAUGAACUAGCUGAGAAGUUAUACAGAAGUUUAAAGGGAAAGAGGUACCUCAUUGUUGUGGAUGACUUGUGGAGUCAUGAGGCAUGGGAUGAUAUAAAGAGACCAUUUCCAGAUGAUGACAAGGGAAGUAGGAUUAUUUUGACAACCAGACUUGAAUCGGUUGCCACAUAUGCCAUGAUCUCAUCGAGUCCUCAUCACCUUCGUUCAUUCACCAAAGAAGAAAGUUGGAUGCUAUUGAAGGAGAAAGUAUUCAGAGAAGGUGAUUGUCCUCAAGAACUCGAGGGGAUAGGUAAGCAAAUAGCGACAAAGUGUGAAGGAUUACCCUUCACAGUUGUAUUGGUAGCUGGUCUUCUUGCAAAACACGAUCAAAAAGAAGUAAUUUACUGGGAAGAAGUAGCUGAAAGUUUGAUAUCAGAAAUGAAGGAUUACAUGAAUAUAGUUGAAUCGAGUUACCAGGACUUACCCAUUCAUUUGCAAAAAUGCUUUCUCUACUUUGCUUCAUUUCUAGAGGACCAGAAAGUUCCAGUCAAAAAACUGAUAAGACUAUGGAUCGCGGAAAAUUUUGUUGAAGCCAGUACUACAUCAAAGAGCUUAGAAUUGAUUGCGAUGGAUUAUUUAAUGGAUUUAAUUAGCAGGAACCUAGUAAUGGUAGCAAAAACAAAUUCCUUAGGGGAGGUCAAAGCCGUCCAUAUUCAUGAUUUAAUACACGAAUUCAGCCGGAUGAAAGCUAAAAGUGGAAACUUUUUGCUGAGGAUACAUAAUCAGUUGUAAGUGAAAUCAAUUUAGAGAUGUUUCUAGCUUAUUGUUGUUUAUUAUGAUGAUUAAUUAAUGCCUGUGACUCUUACUCUCCUUCUUGAACCAGUGUGAUUAUAUUUCCAUCUUCCCAAGGGAGGUCUGGACUUCUGAAUAUCGUAGAACCAACUAUUGGAGUUAGUUCUGGAGAAAAUAUCACCACGUUACGUUUCAGUCCCAGUGUAAAUUCUCCUUUGGUUGAUUUAGAUUUGACUACAUCCUGGAAGCACCUGAGAGUAUUAGAUUUGAGUUCCGUAAACCUGCGUAAGACACUUGUACAUGCAUUACAAUAUCUGAUUCAUUUGAAGUAUUUGGAGCUGCAGUAUCCUGAUUACAUUCCGUAUCAAAUAUGCAACCUAAAGGAGCUAGAGACAUUAAUAGUGACCGGAA